AUGCUUCUUGACGCCGACUACUUCAACGACAACGAGACUCAUUCGCCGAAGGAAUUUUGGCGCCGGUUUAGAAUGAACAAGGACCUGUUCUUGAAGAUUGUCCACGGCGUCAGGGAGUACGACAAGUACUUUAUGGCCAAGAAAGAUUGCACAGGUUUGUGGGGCUUCACCUCAAUUCAGAAGUGCACUGCUGCAAUGCGCUAUCUUGCAUACGGAGCCCCUCCAGAUACAUCCAAUGACUACCUACGGAUGGAAGAGUCGACAUGCACAGAGACUCUCUACAGGUUCUGCCGAGCCGUCAUAGCGGUGUUUAGUAAAGACUAUUUGAGAGCACCAAGAGCAGAUGAUACAGCUCGGACCCUGUAG